AUGACGGGGCACGGGGGACACGACCCCACAGGAACCCCCCUCCUCUGUGUAUUGUCUCCGCUGGACACUGAUGGGCUGGCGGGAGGCGUGGGGCCCGGCGCAGACACGUGUCCAGUGAUGAAAGACGGCGGCGAUAGCGACAAGGACCCCGGCAGCGGCGCCCUCACCCACAAGGCGGGCGGGCCGGACUUGGGCAUCAGCCUCGGCGCUCACCUGGGCGCCACCAGACACCUGAGCGGCGGCCACCACCACCUGGGGGGCGGCGGCGGAGGCCUCCCCGGCUUCCCCGGCCUGCACCACCCACUCCAGCUGGCCGCCCUCUCCUCGCAGCAGCAAGCCGCCGCCGCAGGCAUGCUUUACCCGUCCUUACUCGGGCCCAACCUCAGCCCCGCCACCCUGAUGGCGUCGCUGGCGGCAGCCCGGUCCACUCACCAGUUCCUAGGAGGCCAGCCGCCCUCGGGGCUUCCGCCCGUGCUGCCUCCCACGUCGGGCACGCUGGCCAGCCUCCACGCCACGCUGGCCGCCGCCGACACCUCGCGCCAGCGGGACCUCCUGGCCACCAUGGCCGCCGCGGACUCUGUGCGUCAGCGGGAACUCCUCGCAACUCUGUCCAAGCUCGCGACCACGUCCGCCAGCUCGUACCUGCCGCACCACGACUCGCCCGUCAAGCCGGACUCCGCCGGGGAGUCGGGGCGCCGCGGCAGCUCGGUGUCGCCGGCGUCGUUCUCUUCCCACCCCAAUCUCAUCGGCGCGUCCUUGGCGGCCGCCGCGACGACGGGCGGCCUAGGGUCGGAGGCGCCCUCGCCCACUCUCGGCUCCUCCCCGCCCGGGAGCAACGGCCGCCUGGACCCGUACACCAGCACGACGCCCGCACGGAAGGCCUCCGCCGGGCGGCCCGACCGUGUGUUCACGUGCAAAAUCUGUAAUCGAAGUUUUGGCUACAAACACGUGCUCCAGAACCACGAGCGGACUCACACGGGAGAGAAGCCUUUCGAGUGCAAGGAGUGCCACAAGCGAUUCACGCGGGACCACCACCUGAAGACGCACAUGCGGCUUCACACGGGGGAGAAGCCCUACCACUGCACUCAUUGCGACCGCCAGUUCGUCCAGGUAGCCAACCUCCGUCGCCACUUGCGCGUGCACACGGGCGAGCGGCCGUACGCCUGCGAGCUCUGCUCCUCGAGGUUCUCCGACUCCAACCAGCUCAAGGCCCACAUGCUCAUCCACAAGGGCGAGAAGCCGUUCGAGUGCGUGCGGUGCUCGGGCAAGUACCGGCGGCGCCACCACCUCAUCCACCACAAAUGCCCCAACGACCCCGACAGCGACAAGCGUGUGGAGGCCAUCCAGUACAGCGAGACGACCUUCGCGGAGAGCGACACGUACUCCAUAGGGCCCGAAGAAGAGGAGGAGGAGGACUUCCCCGAGGAGGAAUUAGCGCCCCCCGCGACGCUCCUGGAGGAGGAGCCCCUACAGCUGGAGAAGCGGCGGGAGCGGAAGAGCCGCGACCCCCGGCGAGUGAUCAGCCACCCCAUGAGCGGCCUCAUGAACAGCGGACGCCUGGCCGACGCCGCCCACCUCCUGCGGGGCCUCCACUCCACCCUCCCGGAGCAGACGGAGCCGGAGGACCUCAGCGUGGCCAGCACCCGUCGAGACAGAAAUUACUCGGGGAUGUCGGCCGUGUCCAGCGUGUCGGGGUAUCCUGUCGGGGACCUCGAUUACUCCCGAGACUCUCUAGGCGGGUCACGUGACGACGACGCGACGAGCGACGGAGGCGACGACGCCAGGUACCCUCGGCACAGCGACGACGAGGAGCCCAUGUCCUCGCAGUCGUGA